AUGGAGAGUUUGCUCGCUGGGAUUGAGGGAAUAAUAUUUUUGCUUGAUGAUAUUCUAAUCACGGGCAAAAGCAAAGUUCAACAUGAACAAAGGCUUAUGGCUGUUCUACAGCGCUUAGACGACGCAGGAUUGAGUGUUCAAAUGAAUAAGUGUGAGUUCUUUAAAGAUGAGAUUUCUUAUCUGGGUCACGUGAUAGAUAAAACUGGGGUUAGGAAAUCACCAGAGAAGACGCUUACAGUAAAUGGGUUGAAUGUUAUAAUACCAAAACUGUUAUUAACAGAUUAUACAAUUUUAUGUCCCGUUUCGGAGUACCUCAUACAUUGGGCACGGUUAUACUCACCGCCUAGAGAUGACCGGCGAUGGGACCCGGAUGUGGUGCCCGAAGAGCUGACCGCUACUACUUCUAGUGACGGAGUCCGGUCUGGAACCACAGCUGAUGUAGGAGGGGAAGGACGGUAUAUAACGGAAUCAGACCUGGCAAGGACAUAUAUUAGUGAGUUCCCGAAGACUCCGCUUCUUGCUAGCGCCGCUACUCUAAGAAGACAAGCUAUAAGCCCGAUAUUCUCUACGCCGACAUCGGAACAGGAGUAUACCUAG